AGAACGAUCAACUGGCAUUCACGGUGCGUUGAGCGAGCGGCACGGCAACUUCUUAAGUUUACGUCAGGCCUUAUUUAUCCCUUCCCGGCUCCAGGAGGUGAGUCCGAUGAUGUCUUGGAGGUCUUUUUAGAAAUCGAUGGUAAAUACGUUGGCCAGUCAGUUGUGCGAGUCAGUCGACGGAAAGAUGCUGUGUCGCAAGGCUGUUUCGUUGUUCGUUGUUAGUUUGCUCGCAGUGGUCAACGGGAUGCCUGGAAACAUAGACAACAGCAGUGACAAUCCGUCGUCGUUACCGUUCAUUCAACUCACCAACGGUGGCAUCCGGUUCAAUUUUGCGGGCUACCAUGCCCAAGCUGGAUUAGGUGGUCUUUCAGGAUCAUCGCCAGGGGGUGGACUUCACGCCAGCUUCGGAACACCUUGGGGUGGCCACGCGUCUGCCGGUUUGGGCGGCUCACUUGACGGCAACAACGCGAACGCUGGAGGAGGCCUGUACGCGAGAGCAGGACUUGGAAACGGAAGACACGAGGCCGCGGCGGGAUUGGGCGGCGUUCUAGACGGAAGUGGAUCGGGACCAAUGGUUAGAGGAGGACUCUACGCUGGCGCUACCACCGGAGCCCAUGGUGUUGGAGUAACAGCUGGAAUUCCAAACGUUGGACCAUACAAUGGACCAAAUAAUGGACCAAACAAUGGACCAAAUAAUGGACCAAACAGUGGGCCAAAUGAUGGGCCGAACGACGGGCCCAACAACAGGCCAAACGAUGGAAAUCGCAAAGACGAUAGAGAUGGGGACGACGGAGAAAAACCAAAGCUCGGACGUUCGAAUAUUCAAGUAAUCGCUCGUUCUGGAAAUAAAAAAGAGACAGUGCUACAGACAUUCGCUGUGCCAGCGGAUUCGCCAGAGGCUGUCAAGCAACUUGAUUCUUCGCCGAAUAAAGAGGUAUACGAAGUGCCAGGUGUUGAAGCGCUGCCUGUUGUCGAGCUAGCUCCUGUUUUGUCCAACGACGUAAAAGAAGUCGCACAGAUUGGCAAUCAUCGCCGAGUGAGACUCUUGCGCACGCUUAGGAAGAGAUUGUGGGGCCCGAGGAAACAGGUUGUUGUUGAACACGCGGCUGCGAUAGAGCCGCAGGAUGUCGCCGACACGAACAUUCAAAAAAUUCACAAGCGUCAGACGAUUUCUUAUUCAGAUCCUAAGCCUCCGCGAAGACCUUCAGCAGCUGUAAAAACCAAUAGUGGUUUCUUCGAUGACGUAUUCGAGAUACCGAAGUCAACACUGAACGCUGUUAACCGACUGUUGAAUAAUAAUUACGGUUGAUCAGUGACACAACGUAUAGUCUACUUUUUCUGCAUACUUUAUCUACGUGCACAACGCAGCGACGAUGAAAAUAAUUACCCAUUAAAAAGAGAAUGUAACUGCGUUGUGUUUGAAUUUCCGAUACUUAAUAAAAUAUUAUAAGCCUGA